AUGGUUCUCUUCCGGUCCCUGCUCGCCCUCCUCCUUCUGCUCCCGCACCUUUCGUCGUCUGACGGUGCAAACUCGAUCGGACCUCUCGUCGCGGCACGCGUCGUUCCGAGAUCUUCCUGGAUCGUUGGCGCACCGAGGAAGGAGGAGGGAGACCGAGGGAGACGGGACGUACUUUCGCUUGCGGGACGAGGAGGAGUUGAGGAUGGUGGAGAUCGACGAGUUCUUGAACGGCGGCAGGACGACGACGAGGAGCAUGGACAGGGGGAACGGUUCGGUCCUCGGAUCGGCAAAGUGGUUCUGAACCAAGAUCAGCAGCAGCAGCAGGACGAGGAGGAGGGAGAAAAGGAGACGGCAAAGCCGCAGACGCUCAAAGUCGUCUUCGAGGCCCCCACCACCAGCAGCGGCACGGAGGCGAUCGAGGAAACCGUCAAGGCGCCCGUUGCGCGAUGGGGCCAGACGGCGACGUACCUGCCGGAGCACAACGUGAUUCUCUUUGUCGGCGGCCAGACCGACCGGCGCGGAAACAUCACCAACGACGUCUACGCCCUCGACCUCUCCACCAACUCGACCGGCGCGGCCACCGACGGCGACGACAGCCGGUGGAUCCGUCUUUCCUCUGCCGGCCUGCCACCGCACGCCUUCGCUGCUUCCACCGUCACCCGAUCGCAGCAGGGUCAGCAGCAGGCCGGGGAGGGCGAGAAGCUGUGGAUCAUCGGUGGUGUCACGCAGGAUUGUAGCCGGGAUGCACCGGCCUACUACUGGAGCACGCCCGACGGCGACUUCCGCCACGGUACCUGGUCGGCCGUCACCGUUCAGAAUGGCGGGAACGGCACGACGAUGACGACUUCGGCGACGAGCGGACCGAUGAGAAGGCGAGGCGCUAAGGCGAUCCAGCUCUCCUCUCACUCCUCGUCGUCAUCGUCGAUGGUAUCGACCUCUUCAAACGGCACGACAUCGUCGUCGAUCAGCGUCAACUCGUCGUCGUCCAGCAUCGACGGACAGGGCCCGACGGCACAGACGACAGUCAUGGUCGUCGGCGGAACCGCCGACGCCUCGGUCUGCUUCACCGUGGCUGGCGAUGGACAGAGUGCAAGGUACCCCGGCAUCGACCUCUGGACCACGACGGCCGCCGCCGGCGAUGACGCCGCGACGACGUCGAGCAGCGGGAGCGCCCGUUCGGCGUCGACGGUGCGUUCGUUUGCCAUCGACGAGCGGAUGCGCUCGUUGCCCCUCGUCGACUACUCGACCGUCGUCCUCCCCGCCUCGAACGCGACGACGAGGGGAGGGGCGGCGAGCUCGGGCGAAAAGGUCGUCUUCAUCGGCGGCAAGGACUCGACGGGAUCGCUCAACCUCCUCAAGCACCUCUGGGUGCUCGACGUCGAGUCGGGAUCGUGGGAAACGCUCACGACGAACGGCGAGAUCCCCGCCGGACGCAUGGGCCACACCUCGGUCCUGACGAGCGAUGGCGCCAAGAUUGUCGUGCACGGCGGCUACCUCGUCGACCCCUCGUCGGCCGAGGCCGGAGGAGAGAAGGGGCACCGCGAGGCCAAGCCGACCAACGACGUCUUUGUCCUCGACCUUGACCUCGACUCGGCUGGAGAUGGACCGGCCUGGUCCAAGGCCAAGAUGGACCCGCAGUCCGACUUUGCACCCGCCCGCGCCUACCACUCUGCCGUCAUGGCGGGCGACGUCAUGGUCGUGGCCUUCGGUCAGGCUUCGCACGGUCGCGCAGCGGGCCAUCGCUCCGCCGUUGCCGCGGGAGCAGCGCAGGCUGGAAGCGAGGGCGAGGGCGAGGAGCAGGACCAGCAGCCCGCCAUUCACUACCUCAACGUCGCUUCCUCCGGCGACGGCGCGUGGUCGUGGAGCAGCAGUAAGGCCCAGGCCGUUUCUGCCUCGGCCGUCGCUGCUCCCGCGUCCGGUAGCGCUCAGACGGCCCCGCAAGCUUCGUCGCAGAGCACUUCGACCUCGGCUGCCAACAACGCUGGCUCGGCGCAGUCCCAGGCUCAUACUUCUGCUGCUGGCGACGCUUCGCAGGCCGCUGCCCCGGCCAGCCAGGCUCCGCAGUCGCAGUCGCAGUCGCAGUCGCAGUCGCAGUCGCCGGCGACCAACGCCGAGUCUGCCACCAGCCAGGCCGCCGCCAACUCGCAAUCCGCUCCCGCAGCUUCCCAGGCCCAGGCCGGUGCCGAUGCCGCGACCACCUCCUCGUCGCAGGCGGCCGGAGAGAGCCCCGCGUCCUCCAAGGACUCCGAGUCUGCUGCCCCAGUCUCGGAUUCUAGCAAGGACGGCGAGGCCACCUCCCCCGCCGGCACCGGCAAGGAUGCCACGACGGCGUCAUCGAAGGACGGUCCUGCCACCGUAGCCGCAGCAUCUUCGCCCGAGAGCCCCGCAUCGCCCAACGAGCCCGAGACAGCGUCCAACGACUCGUCCUCGUCGUCGGGAAGCGGGCAAUCGCACACCGGGGCCAUUGCCGGAUCCGUCCUGGGUGCCGCGGCGGUAGCGGCCGCCAUCGGCGGGCUCUACGCCUACCGCAAGCGACGAGAGGCACAGGCCUACGCCCUCGGCCAGUCCAACUCGUCUUCCGCGUCCCCGCCGUCCCAGGACGACGGCGCCAACGGCGGCCAGCGAGGCGAAGCGCACACGAUGCGCAACGUCGGAUCGCGGGGCCCACCCGUGUCGAACCUGUGGCUCCACCAGCCUGCCGCCUGGGCCACGGCUGCAGGCGCCGGUCUCCGCAGGGCGGCCAGCUCCGCCUCGGUCCUCUCGCUCGGCGGAGCAUGGAGGAGGGACGGACGCGACGCCGCCGCAGCGAGACGGGACCGCGACGCCGAGUCGAUCGAAGUCGGCAUCGGCGCCGCUUCGACCCCCGGUUCGCGCGGCUCUCGCAGCCCAGCAGUUCGCCGCUACGGCAACGACGACGACGACGUCGAGGCCGCCUCGCCGUACACGACGCCGCCGUCCAAGGGCGCGUUCCAGGUGCUGCGCAACUUCCGCGGCAGCGGCGGCUCCGGAAAGCUCCACGGCCGCGCCUUCCCCGGUGCCGCCAAGGCCGAGGGUGCCGCGCUGCCCGACGCCUUCAUCAGCUCCCUCGCCGACGACGACAGUCCGCAUGUCUUCUCCAAGCGCGAGGCGGUGCACGAGAUGCGCAACGUGGGCCGCACCGACCUCCUCACCGUCCCCGCCGCAGCCGCGACGGGCGCGGGGCUGUACGCGCUGCACCAGCGCAACGCGUCGACCGACUCGCUCGGAUCCUCGUUUGGCGCCGCCUCGCACUUUUCCUACCCCUUCCUCUCGGCCAUGCACCGCCCCAGCCUGGCAGACAUGUCCAAUGCCGCCACCUCGGACGCCGACGCCGCGCCGCGCGGCGUGGUCGGCGGGAUCCCGGCGUCGGCCGGCUCGGCGGCGGACACGACGACGCCGCUGUCGGUCCACUCGACGAUGCUGCCCUAUCCGGCCGCCAACCUGACGUCGCCGGCAUCGGUGGCCGCCACCAUCGCCGCGCUCAACCUCUCGCCGCGCGACGUGGCCGCGCUGGCGAGCAUGGCCAACCCGCACCUCACGCCGCCAGGCGCGCUGAGCCCGUACCACGAGGCGAUCCUGAUGCAGGAGGGCGCCAUCGUCGAGCUCAGCCGACACGUCUCGAUGCUGGCUCUCAAUGAUGACCUCGACUCGACCGUGUCGGUCGACGGUGUCUCGAGCUUCGACGUCAAGGCCAAGCCCGCCGGCCCUCGAUUCAUCGGUGCCGCCGCCGCCGCAGAGCAGCAGCAGCAGCAGCAGCAGGGUGGAGGAGGCUGUGCGUCGCCUCUGUUUCCCUGGCAGUCGGUCGACGAGGCCCGCGCAUCGCCCAUGCUCGUCAGGCCGCCUCCGCGUGCCAGGCUCACCGAGACGUCCGCCUGGAACCUGACGCGACGCCAGAGCACUGCCAUGCGCGCCGCGCCCGUCGAGGCUGCUGGCGCUGCGCUGCCCUACGUCUCGAUCGACAUGGCAGAGGCCAGACACAAGGCCGAGGCGGCGCUGGACAACCGAGUCACCGUCGACCCGUUCGAGGACGGAGACGAGGAGGCCGUCGUCAUGUCGGCCAUCAAGGGCCACCCGAUCGCCGCAGCGUCGCCCCGGGCCAGGCUCGUCUCGACCGAAGAGGCCAUUGCAUCGGCGCGCGUGCGCAGCUCGAUGCGCGCAAAGAGGCAGGCAUCCUUCAGGAUCACAAACGAGGCCUGA